GUCGCCGAAAAACAGAGUGGCGCGACGAACAAGCACGGGUACCCAUCAUCGUGCAUCUUGUUCCAUGGCAUCCAGGUGGCAUGGUGCGGUGGAUCGGUCGGAUUUCACCGUGGUGGCCCAGCUCAGAAACCUGUUGCGUGUGCACGAAUUAACACUCCCGUCGGGCCCCGCUUGAUGCAUGUUGGGCAUUAUACUCUACAGUAGUCGCGGGAACAAAUAUCUGGGCGCCCCCCGUCCGUGGAAUGAUCAGGAGCUCGUGAACCCAACGGAGGAUUGCGCCAGCGGCUAUGGAGCCUGCACAAGCCACCAACUACCGUGCUACGCCUGCGUGAAAGGAGCAACUUCGCCGAUACGAUUUCUGCUCCGCCUUGCGUUGGUAAGCCGACGGCGCGACUACCUGAGCGCCGCAGGCGAGAUCUUGCAAGUUGCUGACACGUUCGUCGCCAAUUCAAAUUGAAUCGCGUUACGUCGACGUGAGAUGGCGCCAGGAUGUACCCGUGGGGUGGCAUUGCUUGUGACCCUCACGCGCUCGACGGUGGCCAGCCUGAACGACAAUGCGUGGCAUGCGCCGAGACAAUUGCCCUCGACGUCUAUUUUGGGUGCAAGGAACCCAAACUCAGGAAUGUCCAUGCGCACCCGCACCACGCCAAACACGUCCACGCACCUGCGCUAUACAUGCGCCUGCACUCGUCGAUAGUUUGGGGGCGAUGAUUGCGCAAUGCCUUCAAAGACACGGGCAAGACACCCGUGGCCGCCAAGAACCUCGUCGUCGUCAUGCCUUUGGAGCAUCCAUAGAUAAUGCUCGCCCUUUGCACGCACCAAGAAAGCGAUCGCUACUGCAUCCCUGGAGCGAAACCCGUCCUUUCCAACAUACUGCUGGCUUCGCCCACAACCUCGAAACCCCGCACCUUGAAGUUGAGUUUCUAGCGGCCAAUCCAACGACAACGAAAUCCUCAUACAAUUAACGGGGCGACAAGAUGCUCGGGAUCGGCGCUUCCGUGGCUCGCGUUGGACGGCCAUGGCGGCAUCAUGCCAUGGCGCGCCGACGUGUGGUCACCACGACGACGAUUCCAAACCGUCUUCCGCUUGUCGACAUGAGUGCCCUGAUGGACCCAUCGUCGUCCAAGGCGACGCGGCAGCCCGCGCUCGACGCCAUGCGCCGUGCCUGUCACGAGUUUGGAUUUUUCACGAUUCCAGCGUCCGUGCUGCCGCCCGGCCUUUUGACCAAGGUGUACACCCGUGCGGACGAGUUCAACGCACUCCCAGUGCCCGUCAAGCAAAAGUAUCACGUCCGGAACGUCCCGAACGCGAGAGGAUGGACGCCGCUCCACGAAGAACCAUCGUAUGAGCCCGGGGUUGUCUCGCACAUGGAGGGGUUCGACGUGGCUGGCGAGUUGCCGCCCUCUUACUUGGACGAUGACCAAGGACUUGGACCAAACGUGUGGCCGCUGGAGCUUCCCGGGUUCCGAGACGACGUGAUGGCGCUGUACGAGGCCACGUCGGUGGUGUCGAAUGCGCUUUUUGAAGGGUUUGCAGAGAUGCUCGAGUUACCGCGGCACACUUUUCGAGAUUUCAACACGAUCGAGGCCCAAGCAUUCAUGCGCCUGUUGACGUACCCGCCGCAAGACGCAUCGUCCGCGAGCACCCUGGUCGAUGCCAAACAUGUCGGGAUUGCUGCCCACACAGAUUUUGAAUGCUUCACCAUCAUCCACCAGGUGACACCAACUCUCUUUCUCCCUCGACGACUGCAGCGAUAUGCCGUGUCGUGGGGAUGGUACAGCUUGACGCCGUGUGCUUGGUGUUGGGUAGAAUAACGUCGGGCUUCAAAUCAAAGGCCGCGAUGGCCUCUGGAUGGACAUCCCCAUUGCAUCGGACAGGCUGUUUGUCUUGGUCGGCGACGUCCUUGAAAUGUGGACCAACGGCGUGCUAGUCGCGACGCCGGUACAAUCCACUCGCACCAAGGUCGACCAGCCAUUGCCCUUGACAGACUCGUUUCCACUCGUGUGUAGCAUCGCGUGCUGAGCGCUCAAACCAAGCGCCAGUCGAUCGUGCGAUUUAACGGAACCGAAGGCAAGGCGUGGAUCGAGCCACUGCCCCCAUUUGUCUCGCGAGACUCGCCUGCAAAGUACCAACGCGUCACCCAGCGCCAGCAUAUCCAGAACGAAAUGCACGCCGCCGAAGCCCACUUGAAGGCCACUCAGGAAGCGCUCGUGGCUGACAAGGCAUCGUGCUAGGUCAUGUCUGCAAGGACGAGAUAGUUCUGAGCCAAACGAAGACCUUCCCCCGUUGUCCUUGCUACUACUGCGCAGCAUGGAGCGAUCGCAGCAUAUCCAUCCUGCAGAGACGCACGAGAAGGUGGCAAAACCACCACCUCUUGACGCUUGCGUACCAAUUUAGCAUCACGUAAACGACACUACUUAUCCCUUGAGAGUUCGAUGGCGCGUGCAUGACAAAGGAAGGGGGGGGGGCAGUUCUUCGUCAUCCGCGUGCUG